AUGGUCGAUUUUGAUAAUGUCAAUUUAAAAGAUUUUAAAAUAGAAAAUAUUCCAGAUAGUGGUUUUUAUAUAAGAGAUUUUAUAUCAGAAAAAGAAGAACAAGAACUUUUAAAUAAGGUUUAUUCAGCUCCAAAACCAAAAUGGGUCACUCUGAAAAAUCGAAGACUUCAGAAUUGGGGUGGUAAACCAACGGAACGUGGUAUGAUAGCUGAACCACUUCCAUCAUGGUUAAAAGAUUCUAUUUUUAGUAAAUUCUCACAACUUGAAAUUUUUAAUAAUUGCUCAAAAUUUAAAUUGCCAAAUCAUUGUUUAAUUAAUGAAUACGAAUCUGGUCAGGGUAUUAUGCCACAUGAGGAUGGUCCGUUUUAUUAUCCUACAGUGGCAACAGUUUCACUAAAUUCAUAUACUAUUCUUGAUUUAUAUAAACGUCGUACUGAGGAAUUAAACUUGGAACAAAAUGUGACAAACUUUAUACCAGAAUUUUCUUUACUUCUUGAACCUCGAAGUCUCUUAGUACUUCAAGAUGAUUUGUAUAAAACUUAUUUACACGGAAUCGAAGAAAGAAAGUCUGAUAAUUUGAGCCAAAAGAAUAUAAUGAAUUUAUCGGAUGAUGUGAAUAGAGACGCAAUUCUGGAAAGGAGUACAAGAGUUAGUCUGACUUACCGUGUGGUAGAAAAAGUGAUGAAAGUGGGAAUAUUUAAGAAAAAUACUUAA